ACUCGUGAUAUUAAGAAAACUUAAAGAAGAAAUCUUCCUUCACUCACGGAGCCGCUGUGAGUGGCAUCUAUGGGGGAAACCCUAUGACAAAUGUGUGGCGACUAUGCUUCUGUAUCCUGACGGCAGGUGUCAGGUGAGGAGACACGUUCACACCUGGAACAACAGGUUACCUGCGGGGACGUGCGUCAUGCACACACAACUGACGGGUUUACAAACUCAGCUUCGUAACUUCGAUUUUUCCAAAAAAAGUGUGAAGAGGAAUUGCUGAAGCUAACAUAAUGUUAGUGCACUGGAGAAAAGAAACAGGCCUGGCAGCCAUUCUUCCGAAGUCAGGCAAAUGAAGACGAAGCUGCUAAGCGGUUCUUGUUGUUCAAGGAAUGGUUUGCCAAAGAUUAAUACAUACGAACGCUUUGAACUUGGGAAACACCAUUUCAUGACAUGGAAAUGUAACUCUUACUACCGAAAGACAGGACGAGAGACAGCUUGCUGUUUGAAAUCUCGCCACUCCCAUGUCCAGCUGGACGGACAAACAUCCCGAUGUCGUGUGUCAAGGGACCGGUCUCCAUCCAGCAUCUGCCUGCUGUUGUGCUUUUUGACAUUCUCUAGUUCUGUCUCCAUGGUGAGUUCGUCUAACAGUACAACCCCCCUCGUCACGAUUUCAAUGGCAGGCAACUCUAGUACCGACAAGGCCAAGACAACGACCUCCUUGGCUCAGCUUGUUUGUCGGGUGGGCGUCGUGGCACCCGUCAACCUGGAUCUUUACGGACUUUCGGACAACGCGAGUUUUUGGAAGACCCUCGAGCAUGCUCGGAAGGAAGCGAGCGAAAUUCUUCGGUCUGUGUGCAGCUUUGAGAUGCACGUGCACUUCACUACUUGCCAUUUCCGCACCGCAGUUUCGGCUAGCCUAAACGUUAGCUACGACUCCGAGGCUUUGAUUGGCCCGCCGUGCUCAAGUGCAGUCACACGCGUUGCUGGCCUUCUUGGCAAGCCGGUCCUAAGCUGGGUGCCUCUAGUGGACAGCAAGGGCGAGGAAGACGGCAGCAGCGAUGAAAACGCCGACGUCGACGACCACGUGACAAGCAGCUUUGGCACAUACAAAAGCCUCGCUGUCGCCUUGCAUUUAGUGCUGGACCAGUUUGGCUGGACAAACGUGGCCAUGGUGUUCACCCAGGACCCAGAGUGCUCGCACCUGUCCGAGGCCAUCGUCAACACGAAAUCAUCAAACAGCAUGCUGGUCCGUCUGUUCACCUUCAACAGCUCCAACGAAACAAGUGCAAAAGAAACUCUAACGCAAGCCAGGGAAGACCAUAGAGUCUUUAUCUCCUGCGUUGCUUCCGGUGGGUUGUCCGCGUUCCUGACGUCCGUGGAGAGCGUGGGAAUGACAACCGGAAGUUACGCGUUCAUUCACGUUCUGUGGGGUACGUGGUCUGACGUGGCGGGCACGAAAGCACAGGAACUGCUUCACAGGUUCGACAACGUCCUGUACGUCGUGUUGCUGACCCCACACCUUGUCCAGCUCAUCUCGACAACACAACCAACGCACAGCAACCCUGCUUUACAAACCAGCAGUCUUCAGGACCAGGCCGGCUUUCUGGAGUAUUUUCACGACGCCAUCUUGUUAUGGGCAGUUGCCAGAAGUCGAUCAUCUGGUGAAGCGUUGAAUUUCACCAACCUCACCAUUGCCGACAGUCUAACGAGGACGGGCGAGCUGCGCCUAGAUGAGCGGGGUCAGAGGGUGCGGCGUCACGCUCUGCUGCAGGUCCAGGAGCGACGCGUGCGGCGGGUGGCGGACCUGACGGAGGACUUCGAGAUUCGCGAUGACCUGAAGUGGCCCGGCGGACAGCUGCCUGCUGCUUCUACUGAUCCCCCUGACAUUAAACGCUCGGAUUCAGACAUGACCACUUCCAGUCGUAUAGUUGUCUCUGUGGUGGCGGGAGUCCUCAUGUUGCUGGCUGCUUUAUUCUUCUUCAGAUGGUGGAAGCAUCAAAAGAAAGAAAACUCAUGGAAAAUCGAUGACAGCAUCUUCAAGCGACAACACACCCAACAGGCGACCCCACAGUCACAGACCAAGGGUCACUUAAGACGUCGUCUGCUGCGCAUGGAAACCGUAGGUACUCAGUUACCCGGAUCUAUUACUACCAUCGAUCACUACAUGUUAUUUACUCCAGUCGGACAUUACAAGGGUAUGGUUGUUGCCGUGAAGACCAUCAAGGAUAAGUCCUUCAAGCUGACAAAGGAACUGAUUGCAGAUUUCAGCAAACUGAAGGAGCUGAAUCACGACAACAUAAACACAUUUGUCGGAGCUAAUAUCGAACCCGGCAACAAUUACAUCUUGUUUAAUUACUGCACCAAAGGAAGUCUACGGGACGUCUUGGAUAACAAGGACAUCCCCUUGGACUGGAUGUUUAAAAUAUCUUUCAUCAUGGAUUUAGUCAGUGGGAUGCGCUACCUGCACAAGUCGCCGCUCAAGUCUCACGGCAACCUCAAGUCCACCAACUGCGUCAUCGACAGCCGCUGGAUGCUCAAGGUAACGGACUUUGGUGCCAUCACGUCAUCCACCGACGAUGAAAACGAUGACGCAAGUGAGCCUAACAAAAGUAGAGGACUGCUGUGGACAGCUCCAGAAUUGCUUCGUAUCAAACUUCGCCCUAAAAAAGGAACUCAAAAGGGAGACGUGUUCAGUUUCGCCAUUAUUGUGCAGGAAAUUUUCCUGAGAGUCGAUCCCUAUGAAUACAACAAACUUUCUACUGACAAGAUCAUCGCGCGCGUCGAAAGAGGAGAUGAUCCGCCUUUCCGCCCUGUGAUUCCAGAGGACAGCGGGGUGCCAGACAAGGGCCUGACCUUAAUGACCUCAUGCUGGGAGGAAGUUCCAGACUCGCGCCCCCAUUUUCAUAUAAUCAAAAAGCGUGUGGUGGAACUGAACGGGGGACGUGAGCUUAAUGUCGUGGACAAUAUGUUGUCGCUGAUGGAGGUCUACAGCACGCGCCUGGAGCAGCUGGUGGCCGAGCGCACGGCGGAGCUCGCACAGGAGAAGGCGCGCACGGACCGCCUGCUGUACCAGAUGCUGCCGCCGUCCGUUGCGGAGCAGCUGAAGAUGGGGAGACCUGUUGUGCCGGAGUUCUAUGACUCUGUGUCCAUUUUCUUCUCAGACAUCGUCGGCUUCACGACUAUUGCCAGCGACAGCAAGCCGCUAGAAAUCGUGGAGUUCUUGAACGACUUGUACACAGCCUUUGACGAUGUUAUUUUCAAGCACGAUGUUUAUAAGGUUGAGACGAUUGGUGACGCGUACAUGUGUGUGUCCGGGUGCCCUCGCCGUAACGGUCGACGUCACAGCGCGGAGAUCGCGGAAAUGGCCCUUGACCUCGUCUCCACUGUAACCAGCUUCCGCAUCCGCCACCGCCCUAAGGAGACCUUGAACGUGCGCGUGGGACUACAUACGGGUCCUUGUGCCGCGGGGGUUGUAGGUGUGGUGAUGCCUAGGUACUGUCUGUUUGGGGACACUGUCAACAUGGCUUCUCGCAUGGAGUCGACAGGGAAAGCUCUGCACAUUCACAUCAGCGCAGAUAUGAAUCUGAGUCUUGAAAGCCUUGACAUGGGCUUCCUGACCCUAGAACGAGGGGUCAUCGAGAUCAAGGGAAAGGGAUUUCAACAAACAUUUUGGUUGGUGGGAAGGAAAGGUUACACUAACCCUCUCCCAAAGACUUUCAGCAGGUUAAGGAAAAUUUUGGAAGAGUAUGGCGUUUCUCGUUCCUUGAGGCCAUCGAGUAUAAUAAAUAAAUUAGGUUUGCCCAUAGAAUCGCGCUACGGUACCACCACCAGCAACUGCAGCCUCGUUGAAGACAACGAAUCAUAAGAGUGCACCACAAGGUUCCCUGCGACUCCUAUUAGUAAGAUGAACGUCUUGACUACUAGCGGGGUCGAGACAUGCUCCGCAAGUACUGAUGGUUCCAGCAUCCAUUGUGAUGCUGAUGACUUCAGUGCACAACAACUGCCAUUCCCAGAAUCCAGUUCUGCUUGGUUCCAUUUCCUCACGCCGGAAUCAGUUUUCCUCCGAGAAGUGCGACUAAGCUGCUGGACCGUUUGGAUCAGUUUUGGAUAAACUUCUACAUUCUUGUUUACCUGAAUGUAUGUAGCUUUUGCUUUUUUCACGAGGACCCAUUGUUAAAGUAUUUUGAUAAGCGUUAAGGCUGUUUAUACCUUUCUAAUUAAUUGUAGCUGUCAUAACCAAUUUUUUUACAAUGUUUAUUGAAAUAAAUGUUGAAAGUUAAAAUUGUUUUUGUUUGUUUGGAUCGUGGUUAAAGUCUUUUGCAGAAUAGCUCCAAGAUAAUUAAAGAUUUAAUAUUUAAUAUGGACUGCCGUCUGUUUGUCAAGACCAGCUCUUAGCUUCUCAUAAAGUUGUAGGCUGUCACGUCUCGGUGAACUAUUAGCAAUUUAAUAUCAGGAUGAAAAAAUAAAAAUAAAGUUUGACAAGAUGAAACGAGAGGA